AUGUGGUUUAAAAUCCGUUGCUCUUUACGAACAGCUGUUCUACGACAGCACGGAAGGAUAAGAUUCCUUUCACAGACGACCGAAUAUCCAACAUUAGGUAUGGUCGGGCACACAGAAGGUAUAGAAGUGGUGAGGCCCGUGAGAGGAACGCAGGAUCGUUUCGGUAACGAGAACGCGAAAUUCGAACACCUUCGAAAAAUCGGUUGUUGCGUCGCUGAAUUACAUUGUUUCGAACAAAUAUCCAUUCCGGUAUUGGAAUUCUCUCGUGUAUUCGAGCGUACUUUGGGUCAAGAUUCGGAUAUCGUUGGGAAAGAAUUGUACAGUUUUGUGAACAAAGACGAACAUCUCACUUUGAGACCCGAAGGGACGGCCGGGAUCGUUAGAGCGUUGUUGAGUAACAAUCGUGAUCGCGAAUUGCCUCAAAGGUAUUACUAUCAUGGUCCCAUGUUUCGACACGAAAAGCCUCAAAAGGGAAGGUUAAGGCAGUUCGAGCAAUUUGGAAUCGAGAUGUUCGGUCAUGAAACUCCAACCUCGGAUAUUGAGGUGAUCGAUUUGGCGUGGUCAUUUUUGAACAAAAUAAGAUUAUCUGGAACGUUUGAACUCGAAAUCAAUUCAUUGGCCGAUAUGGAAUCACGCUUGCGCUAUAGGAACGUGGUGAGAGAUUAUUUACGCCAGAAUGAGUCCCAAUUAUCUGAAGAUAGCGUGAAAAGGAUAUCUACGAAUCCGUUACGCGUCUUGGACUCCAAAAAUCAAAAGGACGUGUUGGUAGUUCAAAAUUGUCCUUUGAUCACGGAAUAUUAUAGCCCCGAAUCUGCUGAAAGGUUUGAUAUUGUGUGCCAAGGACUUCAAAGGUUAGGCAUACCAUACAAAAUCAAUCCUCGACUUGUCAGAGGAUUAGACUAUUAUGAGAACACGAUAUUUGAAUUCAAAUGUGAUCACCCUCACCUGGGAGCGUCACAAGGAACCAUACUUGCUGGUGGUAGAUAUGACGGUCUAGUGCAAUCGAUGGGUGGAAAAGAGAAAAUUCCCGGAAUAGGAUGGGCCGCGGGUAUUGACAGGCUGGCUUUGAUAUUAGAUGAGACUUUCGCGUUGCCAAAAGAACGACCGGUUGCCGUCAUAGUUAUACAAAGCCGAGAUGAAUCCUCAUCGGAUGAUACUGACAAUCUCAGCACACUCGACUACCAUGGCCUCAAUAUAUCGAAAUCGUUACGUUCACAUGACAUCAAAACAUUGUUCUAUCACGCACCAUCAAGCGCACGCAAGUCAAAACUAAAAACCUCUCUGGGAAGCGUAUUAAAGGCAAACGCAUCACAUGCAAUACUUGUGGGAGAAGAUGAGGUGGGGAGGGGAGAGGUGACGGUAAAAUAUCUAGAUUCAAAAAUUCAAAAAGACGUUAAAAUUGAUGAUAUCGUGAACGUCAUUAUAGAAUCUAAAUCGGGAAACAAAGAGGCGGCGUAA